GCCGAUUCCAAUUCAGAGCCUAGAACCAGGCACUACGCAGACGCAAGCUUCGAUAGAAUGUCUGAUCUCAAGGACAGCAACUCUCCCCCGAGAGACGAGGGAAGGGCCUUAGCUUUAGACUCGCGAAUCUCCGGUAACGAAAACUUGUCAGUGAGAGAGCAGCAGGCUCGAGGCUGUUUACGAGGAGAUAGCCCCGGCAGAAGUUCUAGCGAAAAGCUCAAUAUUAGUAAAAUAGUGUCACCUCCUUUCAGAGUCCAUGUUAGAUGAAAUAGGAGUGAUUCUGGUUCUAGUUCGAGCUCCAGUUCAAGUUCGAGCUAAAGCCCGAGUCCAAGAGCUGGCAAGCAAUUUGAGGAUUUCUCACAGUCUCACGAGGUAGGUCAUUCGUCUUCUUUCAAUCCAGUUACAGAAUUGAAAUUCUUCUUUCAAUUCUGUAACUAUAGUGAGAGUGAGCAAGAUGGUCGCAGAUAUUGAAACGCGCACAUUGGAGCAAAUACAGGCCAAUGAACGUCUGGAGAAGAAGGAAUGGGAGGAGGAGCUUCAGAGACAGCACCAGUUCCAGAAAGAGCAGGAACGACUGCAGCAAAUCCAGCUCCAAUUUCAACGACAGAGGGAGGAAGAGCUUCUACAGGAGCAGCUGCGCAAAGAAGAAGCGCGCCAGGAAGAGCUCCGCAAGGAGGAAAUUCGACAAGAGGAUCUCCGCAAGGAAGAGCUUCGCAAAUAACAAGCCCGACAUGGAGAAAUCCGCAAGCCAAGCUCGACAAAGUGUUCGAUGAUAGCUUUUGCAAGUUUGACAUUAUAAUAAAUAUCAAAAUUAUAACCUUAUUUAAGAUUAAGUUACAUUAGAUAAAUAAAUAUGAAUUGACAGUAACAAUGUGACAG